GCCCGCGACCUGUGGGCUGAGUGGAUUAGAAAUUACGAUGAUGUCACAAUAUGGGUGACACGCCGGUGUCGGUGUAGGGCGCCGGGGGCAGGCGGCCCUGCAGGGGCGUGGAGUGGCAUUGUGCUGUCACAGGGGCUCGGGCGUCUUAGGCACCCGUGUGGGUGGGGCACUAGAAGGGGCACUGCUCUGUCCGAGUGCUGCCCUUGGGGCGAGGCGGGCACGUGGCUCUACAAGGCGGAGUCCAGGCGGCCAAGGUUUGGAAAAGGACUUUCCUUAUCCCAGUUGAUUGUGCAGAAUACACUGCCUGUCGCUUGUCUUCUAUUCACCAUGGCUUCUUCUGAUAUCCAGGUGAAAGAACUGGAGAAGCGUGCCUCAGGCCAGGCUUUUGAGCUGAUUCUCAGCCCUCGGUCAAAAGAAUCUGUUCCAGAAUUCCCCCUUUCCCCUCCAAAGAAGAAGGAUCUUUCCCUGGAGGAAAUUCAGAAGAAAUUAGAAGCUGCAGAAGAAAGACGCAAGUCCCAUGAAGCUGAGGUCUUGAAGCAGCUGGCUGAGAAACGAGAGCACGAGAAAGAAGUGCUUCAGAAGGCAAUAGAAGAGAACAACAACUUCAGUAAAAUGGCAGAAGAGAAACUGACCCACAAAAUGGAAGCUAAUAAAGAGAACCGAGAGGCACAAAUGGCUGCCAAACUGGAGCGUUUGCGAGAGAAGGAUAAGCACAUUGAAGAAGUGCGGAAGAACAAAGAAUCCAAAGACCCUGCUGACGAGACUGAAGCUGACUAAUUUGUUCUGAGAACUGACUUUCUCCCCAUCCCCUUCCUAAAUAUCCAAAGACUGUACUGGCCAGUGUCAUUUUAUUUUUUCCCUCCUGACAAAUAUUUUAGAAGCUAAUGUAGGACUGUAUAGGUAGAUCCAGAUCCAGACUGUAAGAUGUUGUUUUAGGGGCUAAAGGGGAGAAACUGAAAGUGUUUUACUCUUUUUCUAAAGUGUUGGUCUUUCUAAUGUAGCUAUUUUUCUUGUUGCAUCUUUUCUACUUCAGUACACUUGGUGUACUGGGUUAAUGGCUAGUACUGUAUUGGCUCUGUGAAAACAUAUUUGUGAAAAGAGUAUGUAGUGGCUUCUUUUGAACUGUUAGAUGCUGAAUAUCUGUUCACUUUUCAAUCCCAAUUCUGUCCCAAUCUUACCAGAUGCUACUGGACUUGAAUGGUUAAUAAAACUGCACAGUGCUGUU